UGUGUGGGGUGGAUUAGCACCGGGUUGGUACUGGGCGAAACUAGAGCAUCAGUCGACAUAGAAGACGUGGAAAAAAAAAUAAAAUAAAAACCUAGGAAACAUUGGCUCGCCGUCGCAGACCGCGACACGGUCCGCCCGAUUUAGUUUGUCGCCGGACGGACAUGCAAUUUUCAGCCUGGGGCGCUGUUUGAGUGACACCUCGUUACCAUGACAACCCACGUGACCCUGGAGGAUGCUCUGUCCAACGUGGACCUGCUGGAGGAGCUGCCGCUCCCGGACCAGCAGCCGUGCAUUGAACCCCCUCCCUCCUCUAUUAUGUACCAGGCGAAUUUUGACACCAACUUUGAAGACAGGAAUGCUUUUGUGACUGGCAUCGCCCGUUACAUCGAGCAAGCCACAGUCCACUCCAGCAUGAAUGAGAUGCUGGAGGAAGGACAUGAAUAUGCUGUGAUGCUUUACACAUGGAGAAGCUGUUCCAGAGCCAUUCCCCAGGUGAAAUGCAACGAGCAGCCCAACCGAGUGGAGAUCUACGAGAAAACGGUGGAAGUGCUAGAGCCCGAAGUGACCAAGCUCAUGAAGUUCAUGUACUUCCAGAGGAAAGCCAUAGAACGCUUCUGUAGCGAAGUGAAGCGUCUGUGCCACGCCGAGAGGAGGAAAGACUUCGUGUCUGAGGCCUAUCUGCUCACUCUGGGCAAAUUCAUCAACAUGUUCGCAGUGCUGGACGAACUGAAGAAUAUGAAGUGUAGCGUCAAGAACGAUCACUCUGCCUACAAACGGGCAGCUCAGUUCUUGAGGAAGAUGGCUGAUCCCCAGUCCAUCCAGGAGUCUCAGAAUCUCUCCAUGUUUUUAGCGAACCACAACAGGAUCACUCAGUGCCUGCAUCAACAGUUGGAGGUGAUUCCCGGCUACGAGGAGCUUUUGGCAGACAUUGUCAACAUCUGUGUAGACUAUUAUGAGAACAAAAUGUAUUUGACGCCUAGCGAGAAACACAUGCUGCUUAAGGUUAUGGGCUUUGGUCUGUACCUGAUGGAUGGGAAUGUGAGUAAUAUCUAUAAACUAGAUGCCAAAAAGAGGAUCAACCUGAGCAAGAUCGACAAGUUCUUCAAACUGCAAGUGGUGCCGCUGUUUGGAGACAUGCAGAUCGAGUUGUCACGCUACAUUGAGACGAGCGCACACUAUGAAGAAAACAAGUCCAAGUGGACAUGCACUCAGAGCAGCAUCUCUCCGCAGUACAACCUGUGCGAGCAGAUGGUGCAGAUCAGGGAUGACCACAUCCGUUUCAUCUCCGAGCUGGCGCGCUACAGCAACAGCGAAGUGGUGACCGGCUCGGGCCUGGACAGCCAGAAGUCAGACGAGGAGUACAGGGAGCUGUUCGACCUGGCUCUGAGGGGUCUGCAGCUGCUGUCUAAGUGGAGCACGCACGUCAUGGAAGUUUACUCAUGGAAACUGGUACAUCCCACGGAUAAAUUCUGUAAUAAGGACUGUCCAGGCACGGCGGAGGAGUAUGAGCGAGCCACGCGUUACAACUACACCAGUGAAGAGAAGUUUGCCCUGGUGGAGGUCAUUGCCAUGAUCAAAGGGCUGCAGGUUCUGAUGGGCCGAAUGGAGUCGGUGUUUAACCAGGCCAUUAGGAAUACCAUCUACGCAGCUCUGCAGGACUUUGCCCAAAUGACCCUUAGAGAACCUCUGCGCCAGGCUGUACGCAAGAAGAAGAACGUUCUCAUCAGUGUUCUCCAGGCCAUUCGAAAAACAGUCUGUGACUGGGAAGGAGCCAGGGAACCUCCAAAUGACCCCUGUCUGAGGGGUGAGAAGGACCCGAAAGGCGGUUUUGAUAUCAAGGUGCCUCGUAGAGCCGUCGGACCCUCCAGCACGCAGCUGUACAUGGUACGCACCAUGCUGGAAUCCCUAAUAGCAGACAAGAGUGGAUCCAAGAAGACUCUGCGGAGCAGCCUUGAUGGACCCAUAGUCACAGCCAUAGAAGACUUCCACAAGCAGUCCUUCUUCUUCACACAUUUGCUCAACUUUAGUGAGGCCCUGCAGCAGUGCUGUGACCUGUCCCAGCUCUGGUUCAGAGAAUUCUUCCUGGAGCUCACCAUGGGCCGCAGAAUCCAGUUCCCCAUUGAGAUGUCCAUGCCGUGGAUCCUCACUGACCACAUCCUGGAGACCAAGGAGCCUUCCAUGAUGGAAUCAAACCGCUACGAGACGCUGCUCAAACAGAGACACGUGCAGCUGUUGGGUCGCUCGAUUGACCUGAACCGUCUGAUUACCCAGAGGAUCUCUGCAGCAAUGUACAAGUCCCUGGACCACGCCAUCAGCCGCUUUGAGAGCGAGGAUCUUACCUCUAUAGUGGAGUUGGAAUGGCUGCUGGAGGUUAACAGGCUAACCCACCGCCUCCUGUCCAAGCACAUGACGCUGGACAGCUUUGACGCCAUGUUCCGCGAGGCUAACCACAAUGUCUCCGCCCCCUAUGGACGAAUCACUCUCCACGUCUUCUGGGAACUCAACUUUGAUUUCCUCCCCAACUACUGCUACAACGGGUCCACGAACCGCUUUGUACGGACGGCUAUUCCCUUCACCCAGGAGCCUCAAAGAGACAAGCCAGCCAACGUACAGCCUUACUACCUGUAUGGGUCUAAGCCUCUCAACAUUGCAUACUCCCACAUAUACAGCUCCUACAGAAACUUUGUUGGCCCGCCUCACUUCAAGACCAUCUGCCACCUCCUUGGUUACCAAGGCAUCGCUGUGGUGAUGGAGGAGCUGCUUAAGAUUGUCAAGAGCCUGUUACAGGGCACCAUACUGCAGUAUGUAAAAACCCUGAUAGAAGUCAUGCCCAAGAUCUGCCGCCUACCGCGCCACGAGUACGGCUCCCCAGGCAUCCUGGAGUUCUUCCACCACCAGCUUAAGGAUAUCAUUGAGUAUGCUGAGCUAAAGACGGAUGUCUUCCAGAGCUUAAGGGAGGUGGGAAACGCCAUCCUCUUCUGCCUGCUCAUUGAGCAAGCUCUGUCCCAGGAGGAAGUGUGUGACCUGCUUCACGCCGCUCCCUUCCAGAACAUUCUUCCCAGAGUCUACAUCAAAGAGGGAGAGCGUCUGGAGGUGAGGAUGAAGCGGCUGGAGGCGAAGUACGCUCCUCUCCACCUCGUGCCUCUAAUUGAGAGGCUGGGAACCCCACAACAAAUUGCCAUUGCGCGGGAGGGAGACCUGCUGACCAAAGAGCGCCUGUGCUGUGGCCUUUCCAUGUUCGAGGUCAUCCUAACGCGAAUCCGCAGCUUCCUGCAGGAUCCGGUGUGGCGCGGUCCUCCGCCCACCAACGGUGUGAUGCAUGUCGACGAAUGUAUGGAGUUCCACCGCCUGUGGAGCGCCAUGCAGUUCGUCUACUGCAUCCCCGUGGGAACGCACGAGUUCACUGCAGAGCAGUGCUUUGGGGAUGGGCUGAACUGGGCCGGCUGUGCCAUCAUCGUGCUGCUGGGACAGCAGCGUCGCUUUGACCUCUUCGACUUCUGCUACCACCUGCUCAAAGUCCAAAGGCAGGAUGGCAAGGACGAGAUCAUCAAAAAUGUGCCACUGAAGAAGAUGGCAGAUCGCAUCAGGAAGUACCAGAUCCUCAACAAUGAGAUAUUUGCCAUCCUGAACAAGUACAUGAAGGCAGUGGAGACGGACAGUUCCACUGUGGAGCAUGUUCGCUGUUUCCAGCCUCCUAUACACCAAUCCCUGGCUACCACUUGCUGAAAAGACCUUUGAAAAUUGUACACACACACAAGUGAAGACACAUUCCCCUUAGCUGUGAUGCUAAUUUCUGCCUCUUACUGCUCUUUGUGAGGUGUAAGGUACCACAAUAGCUCCCCAUUGGCUGUAAGAAUCCAAAGACACGUCUCCUCAAACUGUUCCUCUAUUUAAUACAAAUGAGUGUCUUUGGGUUCUUACGAGAAGCGGAGCAGCCCAGAGGUGGAAGUGUAUAGUCACGUCUCUUCUUUUUAUUUUCUCGAUUGUGUGGCUCCCACUCAAGACUCGUGCAUGCCUUCUCUUACUCCUUCAGUUGCUUACCUGUUCGCUGGACCACUGAUACAAAUGCCAAAAGAGACAAAAAUUAGACUAUCUGAUUUUUAAAAAUGUGAUAUGAAACGGCGCAACAAAUAACAAAUUUUCCAAAUUAUAUAGAUAUAGAUAUAUAUAAAUAUAUUUAAGUCCAACAUGGUGCUCUUACGUGAUCCAACGUGUCCUAAAAGUACUCGCACAGGCACCAGUACACCUGUGCGAUCUCUACGCGUGUCCUCUAUUAAGACCCGAACUUGUUUAUCGUGAUGCAUCCGUAUAAUAAUCUACCCACUGUCCAUGAUACAAGGCGUCUGUCAUGACGCGUUUAUAUACUUUUCAUUACUCUCACACACGGCCUGCUUUUCAAAGGAGCGGAGGUACACUGCAUCUUUGAUUUGCCUUCAGUUUACCUGGUUUUUCGUCGGCCUCCUGACACGCUUUUACUCGGUAACCAGUUCCACUGUAAAUUUCACCGUUGAACAAAGUGAAGUGUUGAGUGUCGUAAUUGUUCUUUGUUUUUAAUUAUUAAUAUUUUAAUUUAACCAUCCUUUGCAUACUUGCCUCUCUUCUAUUGACUGGAAAACCUCAUCGGUAGUUUUUUUUUAAAAAUUUGUUUUGUCCCCUCCCCUCCUCCUCUUUUGUCUGUUGGGAAGAUUUUUAUAUUCUGUAUAUGAAUACAGUGAUAUUAUUUACAGUUUGCAAAAAGACACACAGUCAUCUGAGUAAAUGUUUGCUUUUUCAAGAGUUAAAAAGGAACAAAAAGAUUAGAAAAUACCUCUAGGUUGUAUAAAGACAGUGCUGUACUAGAUUAACCUGUUUUGAGUAUGAAUGGGUGAAGAUGAAAUAUUCUCCUCAUACAGCGAAGGAACAAAUAAUUAAAAAAAGAAGAAGUAAUAAACUAAAAUGUCAGUUAUGAUUAAAGGGCAGUUUCCUAAAUAUAGUCAGUAUUUACUAUUGUGGGACUCUUUGCUUUAGAUUUAGCAGUGUUAUCAAAAUAUGCAAAAACCUUGUCCCUAUUUUUUUCUUAUGAAGAAAGACAAAUGAUUAUGAAGUAACCUUCCUCAAAGCAGCCUUCUUUUUUCUGCUCCGUUUUGAAUGAAGAAAGUUUCUUUUGUAACUCCGGUGUCUUUUUAGCGUAUUUAUUCAAGUCUGACUUGCGGUUCAUUUAAAGGUUGAUCUCGUCAAAAUGAUCGGUACCGGCGUGUCAUCUCGAAACCUUAGCAUGGCAAAUGUAAUUUAUUGUCAUCAAUGGCUCCAUUUGUGACAUGAGGCUUUGUUUAUGAUAUUGUUGUACAAGUGACCAUGUUUUGAAGUACAAAAAAAAAAGUGGAGAAAAAGAAUAUAAAAUGUACAACAAUGUUCCUGCAAAGGAUUUGAAAUUAUGUUGUAUUUCCAUGAAAUAAAAAAUGUUUAACUGAAAAAAAAAA